AUGGCGAAUUCUCCCAUUGUUUCAAUCAACACGCACACGACAGCUUCCUCGCCCCGCCCUCACAUUCUUUACACUGUGGAAGUAAGACGCGGCGGGAACCAUGCAGUCCUGAACAGGCGAUAUUCCGAGUUUCUCGCUCUCCACAACGCGCUGCAGCCCAGUGAAGACAUCACCGUCUCUCUACCUCCCAAACGCAUCCUCGUUACUUCUUUCGUUCCGUCUGCCUGGUUGGACGACGUUUUGAUUGAAGAGCGCAAGACCGGUCUCGCCGCAUAUCUUAAUGCGAUUUUGGUUCAUCCAACAUACCGGAAUGCGCCCGCCUUGAGCGAUUUUCUUUCUUCCGACGAAUCAAAGACUUCCAACCCCAAGCUUGAUCUUGAAGAUGCAUUGCCAUCGACGAUGUCGCGACAGAGUGCUCUUCAGUUCAAGGCGCAACUGUUGUCCGGGGACGGAGAAGCUACCGCCAACAAGGGCGAGAUGAAAGUUAAUGCGACGUUGAUUGCUGCUGCGUAUUAUCCUGACUGGAGCGAAUCCGAAUUCCCUCCUGAAAGCUUGGACUAUACGAGGUUCUCCAUUCUAUUCUUUGCUUUUGCGAUCCCGAACUCUUCCAACACAUUGACCUGGGAUUCUGGAAGUCAGAACAUGCUCUCAAGAACAGUCACUGCUGCUCGGAACAGUGGUGCAGGAACUAGAGUUGUCUUGUCUGUUGGCAAGUUUUGGAGUGGCUGGGGUGGAAGCGUUUACUUUUCUCAAUGUGUUGCGUCCGCUGCAAACCGAACAACUUUUGUCAACACUCUCGUGAGCGCUGUCAAUACCUAUGGACUGGACGGGAUUGACAUCGAUUGGGAAUACCCGAACGAAGUAGGAGCAGGAAAUAUCAACUCGCCUUCCGACGCUGCGAACUUUUUGACCUUCCUGACACAGCUCCGAACUGCGCUGGGGUCAUCGAAGAUUAUAUCUGCUGCUGUUCCCGACACUCCCUGGCUCGGCUCAAAUGGAAGCCCACUGACCAACGUCUCUGCGUAUGCCGCCCAGAUGACUUAUCUCAACAUCAUGAACUAUGAUAUCUUUCAAUCAUCCUCUACCCCAGGUCCAAACGCUCCUCUCGGAAAUCUCUGCGGGACAUCCACCCUACCGCAAUACAGCGCCCAAGCUGCGCUCAGUCAGUGGUCUGCGGCUGGUUUCCCUGCGUCGAAGAUGCUUUUAGGACUUCCUCUUUAUGGAUAUGUCUCCAACAGCACCAAGACCGCGCUUACGGGCAGCUUAGUCGACCCUUCGCCAAACGAGGACCGUAGAAAUGGACCAAAUGGGACUUUUACCAACGUUGCUCGACCCGGAAAUCACGCCAGGCACCAAAGAACGAUUCCAGCGAAAAAACCUGCUGAAGGUCAAGCAGGCUCGGGGAAGAUUAAUGACAAUGUCGAGAAAGGAAAGAAGAAAGGUGCUACUAAUGGUAAUGCUAGUACAGGGAAGGAGACAAAGGACUCUUCGAACGAGGCCGGGACGGAGGCAACGGCGAAUCUUCAGAGUUGGUACGGGCAGCAGAUUCCCUUUGGUUCGAUUGUAGCAUCUGGGGCACUGACUAAGAAUGCUGACGGGACGUACGGUGGGGGAGGGGGGUUCACGGAAGGAUGGGACAAUUGCAGUGAUACACCGUUCCUGUUCAACACUUCUCAAGCGACGGUGGUCACAUAUGAUGACACCUUUUCUCUGGGCGACAAGGCAACAUUUGCGAAGCAGAACGGCAUGGCAGGCUGCUUUACUUGGUCUCUUGAUCAGGACGACGGAGUGACCCUCCAGAACGUUAUUCGGGCAAACCUUGGACUUCCGUAA